GGGAAAGUACACAGCGUUUGUAUUUAAAGGCGCCAAGCGGAUUCGGUUCACAAUCAGCCGUGCGCGAGCGCCUGCCAUUUUUUUUCUUUCCCUGGGCUAUUUGGUGUACUUUAAGUUGUCGGUUAACGCGCACACUGGACAUGCCGGAGGAAACCGACGUUGCUGCUUCUUCGUCCACAAAAGCUGUGGAGGAGAAGCCUUGCUCAUCGAGUGCUGCCGAGAGCUCUGUAGAUGUGUUUGAAGAGGCGAAGAAGCUGAUUGGCACUGGAAACAGGCACCUGGUCAUGAAAGAUGUUGUAUCUGCAGUCAGUGUGUUUCAGGAGGCCUGUGCCAUGCUAGCUGAGAAAUAUGGCGACACUGCUGAUGAAUGCGGAGAAGCAUUCUUCUUGUGUGGGAAGUCCUUGCUGGAGCUUGCCAGGAUGGAGAACUCCGUCUUGGGUAAUGCUUUGGAGGGAGUCCCGGAGGAAUCCUCAGAGGAGGGCGAGAAGCACAAUGACUCGAAGAUUGAGAGUGCAGAUAACUUGGAUGAGAAAACCAGAGAUGAGCUCCGUGAACAGGUUUAUGAAGCCAUGUCUGAGAAGAGUGAUUCUCAGGAAGGGGAGCUAAAAGUGGGUAAUGAGCAAGAAGUCAAGGAAGAACGGGUGGAGGCUGAGGCCCCGGCUGAAAAUCGGAUGGAGGCUGAGGCCCCGGCUGAAAAUCGGGUGGAGGCUGAGGCCCCGGCUGAAAAUCGGGUGGAGGCUGAGGCCCCGGCUGAAAAUCGGGUGGAGGCUGAGGCCCCGGCUGAAAAUCGGGUGGAGGCUGAGGCCCCGGCUGAAAAUCGGGUGGAGGCUGAGGCCCCGGCUGAAAAUCGGGUGGAGGCUGAGGCCCCGGCUGAAAAUCAAGAGUCUACAGAAAAUCUUAAAAGUGAAGUGCAGACUGCUGGAAGUAUUAAAGAGUUGGAUAAAGCUGUCUCCUCAAAACAAGAAGGUCCUGAGGUUACAAGAGAGGCAAAGGAGGAUACUGAGAAAGAUGAGGAUCAGGGAGAAAAUGAAGAACAGCCAGAGCCUAUGGAGGAAGAUGCUGGAGAUGCUGAAGAUGAUGACGAUGACGAAGAGGAAGCAGAUGCAGAUGAAAAUGCAGAGGUUAAGGAGGGUGAGGAGGAUGAUGUUGGAAAUCUUCAGUUAGCAUGGGAGAUGUUGGAAGUGGCUAAAGUGAUUUACAAACGAAAGGAAAGCAAAGAGGACCAGCUAAUGGCUGCACAGAUUUUCUUGAAACUCGGUGAAGUUGGAGUAGAAUCGGGAAACUACAGCCAGGCCUUGGAGGACUUUCAGGAGUGCUUAGCCAUACAGAUAAAGCAUCUCCCUCCUCACAGUCGUCUGCUGGCAGAGACCCAUUACCAAUUGGGCAUGACCUUCAAUUAUACAGGCCAAUACAACCAGGCCAUCCAACACUUCAGCAGUUCAAUCAAAGUCAUAGAGAGUCGCCUGGCCAUGCUUCAAGAAGUAAUUGACAAAACAGAAGGUGCUGAAGGAGCAGCAGAGGAAAAGCGUGAACUAGAGGAACUGAAGGAGCUUUUGCCAGAAAUUGUUGAAAAGGUGGAAGAUGCAAAGGAAAGCCAGAGGACCGCUCCUGCAGCAACAGAAGCGAUUCAACAGACCCUGGGAGGGGCAUCUACAUCGUCAGGAUUUGCAACUGAAAAUGGUGCUUCAUCUACAGCUGCCCUGAUUGCAGUUAAGCCUGCUGAUGGUGCGUCCUCUUCAAAAUCUGCAUCAGAUAUUUCUCAUCUCGUCCGUAAAAAGAGGAAACCAGAAGACGAGAGCCCAAAAAAGGACAGUGAUGCUAAAAAGGUCAAACAGGAGACUACAGUUAAUGGCAGCGCCGACUCUGCCAGCAACAGCAAUGGAGUCCAGGAGAAAAUGGAGCAGGAGGCUGUGAAUUCCUCUGCAGAAGCCACGGCAUGACGGGGAUAUGCUAGAAUGCCCAGUGAUCUUCCAACCAGCACAGCAUGCCUGCCUCAACAGCAUUCAUAAACAGCAUUUUGUUUUAUAAAUAGUUUUUUUUCCUUUACCCCUCUUUUCUUGUCUGUCCAAUUUUUGUAUUGUAAAGAAUCAAUAAAUAUUUGCAUACAUGUCA